AACAACCUGCUGGCAGUUUGAGCCUGAGAUGAUCUGCAUCUACACGGAAGAACUAGAAACCCUAUUUGGCACCAGUUUGGCAGCAUCGAAGUCAUGUCUGAAGCGGGGUUUCACGUGUUGCUCACCACACUGCUGUCUGGAGCUCUGAUGGUGGUAGUUUUAGCUCUUCUUUGCUACUUCACCUGCAGACUGGCAGGAUCGCUGCCUCUGGGUGGACCUGGACGCUUCUGAGGACUUGUGCUGCUGCUGCAGACACAACUGGCAAAGUGCAACUGAGGAAUGCUGUGACAUCGCUGCAGACAGCCUUCCACAGCUUCCCAAAGCGGCAUCUUAUGGCUGUCUAGAGUUACGCAUCAGCCGCACUCAGACCACAACAUGAAGACGUCAGGCCUGCUCAUCGCUUGCUGCUGCUUUCUGAUCUCUGGAUGCAUGGGGAUGCCACAGUUCCCUGAACAAGAGAAAAAUCCCAAGUUCUGGAACGACUGGGCUCAGCAGACCUUGAAGGAUUCAUUGGAACAAGACUUCAGUAAUAAGAAAGCAAAGAAUCUUAUCCUCUUCCUCGGAGAUGGAAUGGGCGUCCCCACGGUGACGGCAGCUCGGAUACUGAAGGGUCAGCUGAGUGGACAAAAUGGCGAAGAGACGCAGCUGGAGAUGGACAAGUUCCCUUUUGUUUCUUUGGCCAAGACAUACAACACUAAUGCUCAGGUUCCAGACAGUGCGGGCACAGCCACAGCUUAUCUCUGCGGGGUUAAGGCUAAUGAGGGCACUGUUGGUGUGAGUGCAGCAGCUGUUCGCUCCCAGUGUAACACCACAAAGGGCAACGAGGUCACCUCCAUCCUCAGAUGGGCGAAGGAUGCAAAAAAGUCAGUUGGAAUCGUGACAACGACACGCGUGAACCACGCGACGCCGAGUGCCGCCUACGCCCACUGUGUGGACAGAGACUGGUACUCAGACAGCGAGAUGCCAGAUGAAGCACUGCAGUCCGGCUGUAAGGAUAUCGCCAGGCAGCUGUUUGAAAACAUUCCCUACAUUAAUGUGAUUAUGGGUGGAGGAAGGAAAUUUAUGUACCCCAAAAACAUGUCGGAUGUCGAAUAUCCAGAUAUGACAAAGCAUAGCGGCACACGGAAGGACAAAAGAAACCUGGUGGAGGAAUGGAAAAACAAAAUGAAGGAUGAAAAGGCCCAUUAUGUAUGGAACAAGGAGCAGCUCAAAUCCCUGAAUCCAAAAAAUGUGGAUUACCUGCUGGGUCUUUUUGACCCUUCAGAUAUGCCUUAUGACUUGGACAGGAACAUUGAUACUGAUCCUUCACUGACAGAAAUGGUGGAGGUAGCCAUCAAGAUCCUACAGAAUAACCCCAAUGGGUUUUACCUCCUUGUAGAGGGAGGACGCAUUGACCACGGACACCAUGAGGGCAAGGCCAAGCAGGCCUUGUAUGAAGCWGUWGAAAUGGACAGRGCCAUCGGGCUUGCAGGUCGCCUGACCAGCAUUCAUGAUACCCUGAGUGUCGUUACUGCAGACCAUUCUCACGUUUUCAGYUUUGGAGGCUACACACACAGAGGAAACACAAUAUUUGGUCUGGCCCCCAAGACAAGUGAUGUCGACCACAAGUCUUAUACCUCCAUUUUGUAUGGAAAUGGACCUGGUUACAAACUUGUCAAMGGUGAAAGAGAGAAUGCUUCUGUUACUAAAUAUGAAGAAAAGAACUACCAGGCCCAGGCAGCUGUGCCUCUGAGCAUGGAGACUCAUGGAGGAGAAGACGUGGCUGUCUUUGCCAAGGGUCCCAUGGCUCACCUGCUGCAUGGGGUYCAAGAGCAGAACUACAUCCCCCAUGUGAUGGCGUAUGCGGCUUGUAUCGGCCAGAACAAGAAUCACUGCAUGUUGAGGGACGGCGCAGUGGGCUUGACGCCAAUGUUCUCCAGCAUUGCAACCGUUCUCACAGUCACUCGGCUCCUGUGCUGACCCUCCUCAGACACUUUGUCCUGUUAAUAUCGUUCUUAAUCAGUUUCACAUUUAAGAUUUUAGCCUUUGUGUUUUUCAUUUUGCAAUGUCUUAUGUAAUAUUUUUGUAAUGCGACUGUUUUUACAUAAUUAACCAGCAAAAUCACAAACUAUUGUCCAGCGAUUUAAAAAAGCGCCUGCCCCCAGUAUUUUGUGAUUUUUCAAAUAAUUAUUUCUUUUUAACCAAUACAGUGUGCAGCAACACUGGUACAGUGUCUUCAGUUCAGUGAAGAAGGCAUGUAGAUGAGAAAGAUUGCUGAACCACAUAGUCUUAGGAAGUAGUGGGAGGGAUUUGAGGGAUUUGUCAGCCCACUUUCAGGAAAAGAAAACAAGUGAAGUCACAGGGAAAAAUGCCACCCUAUUUAUCACCUUCGUGCCACACAACAAGAAAAAAUACAUACAUUCUAUUGAAAAUCUUAAAGGGGAUGUAUAAUGCAAAAUUCAUAUUUUGCACAUUUUUGUACUUCCAUUUGGGUAAGUGGGUAAGAUAUGGCAAUAAGAAGAGAUGGAAUGGUAACGGACAUGUGCAAAACAGGUAAAAGUUUGCACAAAGGACAAAUAAACCAAGACCAAAAAAACAAAGCGUCACCUGCUACCUGACAACUCUUUUCCAUAGAGACCCAUAGAGACCAAAUGGGUCUCUAUGGAAGAGUUGUCAUGUAGCAGGUGACGCUUUGUUUUUUUGGUCCUGGUUUAUUUGUCCUUUGUGCAAGCUUUUACCAAAUGGGUCUCAAUGGAAAAGAGUUGUCAGGUAGCAGGUGACGCUUUGUUUUUUUGGUCCUGGUUUAUUUGCCCUUUGUACAAACUUUUACCUGUUUUGCACAUGUCCGUUACCAUUUMAUCUCUUCUUAUUGUCAUAUCUUACCCAUGUACUUAAACUAAUUUUUCUUUGUAGUUAAGUAUUUUAAUGAAUUAUGACGAUACAUAUUUAAAWUUGCUUACAUUUCAUGUAUAAUUUAAUUUAUACAUGAAAUGCUUCCAAACACAGCACAAGGAAACCAUUUUCUGGCAAUAAGUUAAUGUUUUUUUGGUGUUUGUAAAAUGAGCCAUUUCAAAAAUCUCCAGAAUGUAACGUCACAAACCACCUGGCUCUGCUCCUCACCUAGAAACCCCAGCAAAGCCCAGCUCGUCACCUUGCAACCCAUGAGAUUUUGUGAAAAAAAAAAUUACCAAACACGUUUUGAACAGUCAUACCUGUCCUAUCCUGCUCAAGGAAGUAUAUCACCUUCAAAAAAGCUUUUAUUUCUAUUAAUUCUAAUUAUUUCACACUUAGCAGUUACUUAAAACUCAACAAGUUUAUAAAAAAAACAAAAAAAAACUUUUAUUACAGAAAUGUGGGUGUGAUAAAAAGUAUGUUUAUUAUCUGCUUAUAUGUUGUUUCUUUUUAAAGUUACUUUUAAUCUUAACUGAGCGUCAUGGGCUUCAUUUUGAAAUUUACUGAAUUUGACUGUAUGAAUUAUUCUGUUCAACCAGUUAUGCAAAAAAAAAAAAAAAAUCCUAAAGCAAUGUUGGGAAGAGCUCACAAUAACAUCAGAAACAGCACUGCAGCUUCAGUUUUGGACUCUCUGUAAGGGGUAUAGAGCUAGUUCAGCCAUGUAUAAAAAUGUCAGGUUUGCAUUAGAAACCUUCAGGGCUGAAUGUCUGAACUUGUUUUAUAUUUUAUGACAGAAUGAAUAGAAACUACCUCGCAUUCUUCCACGUAAUUCCCACAGGUUCUUACUCACUGGAACAUUUUGUUUUCAGGASACAACUUUUUCGUGUCUGAACAUGAUAGAAUCACUUUGUUAGACUGACUACCAGGAUAUAUAUUUUUUCAAGCUGGACACUUUCCAUUCUCAUGAACACAACAAGAUCACUCACUCAUUAUUUUCUUCAAUCAGACUCUGUACCAUGUAACCAAUAAACUUUGAUUUUCGAUAAAGUA